GUAAAAAAAUAGGCUAUAUAAAAAUAAAUAAAUAUAAACAAACAAAAUUAUGAUUGUCUAGAAUUGGUUACACUUCAGACUAGAUAGGAAUAAGUAGUACAUUUCAAAUGCCCUUUAAUUGAAACUGUUAUCAACAUUUUAGUCACACAGUGCAGUAAACAGUUACAGACAUUUCAACACACACUCACCUCUGCCAGAGUUAUCAGACAGUAUCAUCUCCAAAUAGAUAUUCCACCUGAGCAUCUCAAUGUCAGCAUUCUUCACAGUAAUGUUCGAUUAGAUAACAAUCACAACCUGUAAGACCCAAACGCCGUUAUGAGUUUUAAACAGAUGCACUUGGGAAAGCUUUCCAAUGUCCCUUUAAAAAAUAUCUCCAGCAAGUGCGUUGCAGUUGCUUCAGCAGCCGCGAGGGGCGUCUUUGCUCCACUUUUGAGGCGCUCACAUUCAGUUCCUCUCCGUACUGAGGGCAAGUGGAGAUAUCGGCAUUUUAUCAACCCGCGAACCCACAAUCGUGAGGAACGAGGGUUAAAAAAAAUCCCUCUAUGGUCUUUUACCUUCAUUGCGACACCUAAGGAACUGCACCGGGAUGUGUGUUUGUAUUUUUUUUUCUGAUGAGACGACGGAUUGUGGAUUAACAUCAGUCUUAAAACUGCAUUAGGGAAAUCAUAUGCUGUUUUACUCUGCGAAAUAGUUGGACCGAAUCAUGUCGCUGUCACAAAUGUUUCCUGCUUGAGCUUUUUCUUCGUUUGGAUUGUAUUUUCUCCCUCCUGCUGCCACCGUCAUUAGUGGAAGAAGCACUCUGGAAAUGUUGGAAAUGGCAAAGAGUAUUGGAAAUAGAGCUUCAUGGAUAUAGACCAACCACUGCACCGGACUUGAUUUAUCUGCGGACGACCUGCCACAAAUGCCUCCCCCACCCCUGCCCCGCACGUAGCCAAGAUGGAAAUCUACACUGUCAAUAGGAUGGGACCUGACGAAUAGCUGGCUUCCUGAUGAAGAUGUUACUUGGAUCUGUAUUUCAAUCCAUGUGGGAAUACUUGCCAUGCAAAGAGGCUUUGAGAUUUUUGACAGCUUCACUCUUGGAACGUCUGACAUCUUGGGUUUGAUUGCUUUCUUUUGUGCGAGUGGAUCUAAACUACCGCCGCUGCUGUUAGCGGGACUAGCGUGAAGAGGAUUAAACCAUGCCCUUCCAACAACCAAACCGCCUGAGCAGCAUCUGGAAGGCCAUGUGUCCGAGGCUAGGCCUCAGUGCUAGCCUGGAUCUGCCAUUCUUGUGUUGGAUAGUAGGCUUGGCCCUGCAUGCCCAGCUGGCCGCUUCGGAAAAACUGGAUGAAACGGACCCCAUUGUCACUACCACUUACGGAAAAGUGCGGGGAUUCAAAAAAGAACUCAAUAAUGAGAUCUUGGGGCCUGUUAUUCAGUUCCUGGGGGUUCCCUACGCAGCACCUCCAACAGGCGAAAGGCGCUUCCAGCCACCUGAACCCCCUAUUUCGUGGUCAGAAAUCCGCAACGCAACUCAGUUUGCCCCUGUUUGUCCACAAACCCUGCUGGAGGGCAGGCUACCGGACGUUAUGCUGCCGGUUUGGUUCACCAACAGUAUUGAAGUGGUGUCAUCUUACGUACAGGACCAGAGUGAGGACUGCUUAUUCUUAAACAUAUACGUGCCAACGGAGGAUGUAAAAAGAAUAUCCAAGGAAUGUGCCAGAAAACCCGGCAAGAAAAUAUGUAGAAAAGGAGGUCCUCUUUCAAAGAAACAGAAUGAUGAUUUAGCUGAUAAUGACGGUGCUGAGGAUGAAGACAUUCGUGAAAGCGGGAGCCCCAAACCUGUGAUGGUUUUCGUUCACGGUGGAUCGUACAUGGAAGGAACAGGAAAUAUGUUCGACGGAAGCAUCUUAGCCAGUUACGGCAAUGUCAUCGUCAUAACCGUCAACUAUCGGCUUGGUGUGCUCGGUUUUUUGAGCACGGGAGACCAAGCUGCCAAGGGAAACUAUGGACUUCUAGAUUUAAUCCAGGCCCUGCGCUGGACAAGUGAAAACAUUGCUUUCUUUGGGGGUGACCCUUUACGCAUUACUGUAUUUGGGUCUGGGGCCGGGGCCUCCUGUGUCAACCUGCUGACUCUUUCCCAUUAUUCUGAAGGUAACCGUUGGAGCAAUUCAACCAAAGGUCUUUUCCAAAGGGCAAUAGCCCAAAGUGGCACAGCCUUGUCCAGCUGGGCAGUCAGCUUCCAGCCGGCAAAGUAUGCCCGCAUGCUGGCCAAGAAGGUGGGGUGCAACCUCAAAGAUACAGUGGAGAUGGUUGAGUGCCUACAGAAAAAACACUACAAAGAACUAGUGGAGCAGGACAUCCAGCCUGCUCGCUACCACAUCGCCUUUGGACCUGUAAUUGAUGGUGAUGUUAUACCCGAUGACCCUCAGAUCCUCAUGGAACAAGGGGAGUUCCUCAACUAUGACAUCAUGCUGGGCGUCAACCAAGGCGAGGGACUGAAAUUUGUGGAACUUAUAGUGGACAACGAGAACGGUGUGCAGGCCAACGAUUUUGACUAUGCCGUGUCAAGUUUUGUGGAUGAUUUAUAUGGCUACCCUGAGGGGAAGGACAUUCUGCGGGAGACCAUUAAAUUCAUGUACACUGACUGGGCUGACCGCCACAACCCAGAGACUAGAAGAAAGACCCUGCUGGCACUCUUCACAGAUCAUCAGUGGGUUGCACCAGCAGUGGCCACAGCAGACCUACACUCUAGCUUUGGCUCACCUACUUAUUUUUAUGCCUUCUACCAUCACUGCCAAACAGAGCAGGUGCCACCCUGGGCUGAUGCUGCACAUGGCGAUGAGAUCCCUUAUGUGUUUGGGCUGCCCAUGAUCGGUCCAACUGAGCUUUUCCCAUGUAACUUCUCCAAAAAUGAUGUUAUGCUUAGUGCAGUCGUAAUGACCUACUGGACCAACUUUGCCAAGACUGGUGACCCCAACCAGCCAGUUCCGCAAGACACCAAGUUCAUUCACACCAAGCCUAACCGCUUUGAGGAGGUGGCCUGGACACGUUACAACCAAAAGGACCAGCUUUACUUGCACAUCGGCUUGAAGCCCCGUGUCAAGGAACAUUACCGUGCCAAUAAGGUCAACUUAUGGCUAGAGCUGGUGCCUCAUCUCCACAGCCUCAACGAGGUCAGCCAGAUAAUUUCCACCACCAAGUUGCCUCCACCUGAGGUCACUCCCCGUACGCCAAAGAAGAUCCCGGUCAACACCAAGAGACCCUACCCUACGCCGUUUCCCACUGAAACGCAGGACAGCCACAACCAGAACCAGAACCAACCUUUUUUAGUUGACCAACGGGACUACUCCACUGAACUAAGUGUCACUAUUGCUGUCGGUGCUUCAUUGCUGUUCCUCAACAUCUUGGCAUUCGCUGCACUCUACUACAAGAAGGACAAGCGAAGGCACGAGGUCCACCGACGUUGUAGCCCACAGAGGACCACAGCUAAUGAGCUGCCCCAUACACAAGAAGAGGAGAUUAUGUCUCUGCAAAUGAAACACAGCGACUUGGAGCGGGAGUGCCGGGAGGCCAUGCACCCGCAUGAAGUGGUCCUGAGAACUGCCUGCCCACCCGAUUACACACUAGCCAUGCGCCGUUCGCCGGACGACAUACCUCUUAUGACCCCCAACACCAUCACUAUGAUACCCAACAGCAUGCCAGGCCUCACCUCCUUACACCCCUUCAACAGUUACUCCAGCGGACAGAAUAACACCCUGCCCCAUCCACACCCUCAUUCACACUCCACCACUAGAGUAUAG